AUGAUCUUCACUCCCUUCCUUCCACCUGCUGACCUGUCUGUCUUUCAGAAUGUGAAAGGGCCGCAAAAAGACCCUGAGGAAGUAGUUGCUGUGUCUGACGCCGCGGAGGAUCCAUCCGGUGGCACAGGCUUGCCCAGGGAACCUGGUCUUCUGCGAGGGUCUUGGAGGAGCCGGUUCCAGAGGGCCCUGGCGUGUUUCAGCAAGUGCUUCAGGGGAGGAUACCGGACACUCGGAAUCUGAGACCACCGGAGCCACAGACACAGGCGUGAACGGCGCCCGAACCCCCUCUGCUGCUCCAUGCCCCUGCUCGCCCCAGUGUCCCAGUCACCAGGCCUGAAAUAAAUGCUGGCACGCUUGACUGUUUUUGCUUU